UCAUUUUUGGGGUUUUUGAGUGAACAAUGUCUUGCUCCUCUCCAAAGAGUCAAAAGUAAUAAACAACAUAAAAAAUUAUGAACACCACUUGAGAGUUAGUGAGUUUGCGUCAAAUCAACUCAAGGUUUUAUCAGAUUUUAAGAUUCUUUCAUCUUAAUCAAUCAUCCCCAUCAAAGGGCGCCGCUCACUACCAUUGAACAUUAGUCUAAGGAUUUGUGCAUUGUGGGUUUCAAGGCAGGAAAUUCAUGGGAAUGGCGCAACGCUUAAGGUCCAGCUACCCUAUAUUUCGUAGUCUCCAUACUUAUCUCCCUUCCCAGAAACCCAAGCUUCAAACUCCAUUUUUCUCAUCUCCCAGGAGCUAUUCUACUACUACUGCCCUCCCCAAGGACAAUAUUCAUAAGGGAAGAUUGUUGACUGGAUCAACAAUAGGUUUAAUUAUAGCUGGAGGAGCUUAUGUUAGUACAGUGGAUGAAGCAACAUUCUGUGGUUGGUUGUUCUCAGCGACAAAAUUAGUAAAUCCAUUCUUCGCGCUGUUAGACCCAGAAGUUGCUCAUAGACUGGCAAUCUCAGCAGCUGCUCGUGGAUGGGUUCCUAUAGAAAAAAGGCCAGAUCCUACUAUACUAGGAGUAGAUGUCUGGGGAAGAAAGUUCUCCAAUCCAAUUGGUCUUGCUGCUGGAUUUGAUAAAAAUGCUGAGGCUGUUGAAGGCCUUCUUGGUUUAGGUUUUGGCUUUGUAGAAGUUGGCUCUGUUACUCCCGCUCCUCAGGAGGGUAAUCCAAAGCCUCGUAUCUUUAGAUUGAGGGAGGAACGAGCAAUCAUCAACCGUUGUGGCUUCAAUAGUGACGGUAUACAAGCUGUUGCGAAACGUUUAGGUGCACAGCAUGGAAAGAGGAAACUAGAUGAAUCGUCUAGCUCUUACUCGGCUGCUGAUGGUGAGGAAAAAGCUGGAGGGAAAGCUGGACCAGGGAUUCUUGGAGUCAACCUCGGCAAGAAUAAGACCAGUGAAGAUGCUGCUACUGACUAUGUACAAGGAGUGCACACACUAUCCCAGUAUGCAGAUUACCUGGUGAUUAAUGUAUCCUCACCAAAUACACCAGGACUACGCCAGCUUCAAGGAAGAAAACAGCUUAAGGAUCUCGUAAAAAAGGUUCAAGCUGCUCGUGAUGAAAUGCAAUGGGGGGAUGAAGGCCCCCCUCCACUGCUUGUGAAAAUUGCCCCAGACUUGUCUAAACAAGAUCUUGAAGACAUAGCCGCGGUUUCUCUAGCUCUCCAAGUAGAUGGGCUGAUUAUAUCAAAUACAACUAUCUCAAGACCCGACUCUAUCAGCCAAAAUUCUCAGUCCCAGGAAGUUGGUGGUUUGAGUGGGAAGCCUUUGUUCGACUUGUCAACCAGUGCAUUGAAAGAAAUGUACAUCUUAACAAAGGGGAAGAUACCUUUGAUUGGUUGUGGUGGCGUUAGCAGUGGUGAAGAUGCUUACAAAAAGAUACGUACUGGAGCUACAUUAGUUCAGCUAUACACUGCGUUCGGAUAUGGAGGACCUGCCCUUAUUCCUCAAAUAAAGGCUGAAUUGGCCGAAUGCUUGGAGAGGGAUGGCUUCAAGUCAAUCCACGAAGCUGUUGGUGCUGACUACGUUUAAGAUCGGGGUGGAUCAACUUCGUCUCCGCGAGAGCUACCCCCAUCAGGCCAACAUACCUGUUGUGAUUAAUUAGAGUUCUGAAAGAGAAGCCAGAAUGGUCUACAAAGUCUAUGUUGCUGAGGCCUUUAAGGCAUACAAGUUGAAGGCAAGUCUUGCACAAGGAAAGUUCAACAACAUACUCCACAUUUGUGUCGGUUUGUCAUUCGUCGUUCUUGUUGGGUUUGGGAAUAUGUUGCUGGAAUUCGAAAUCUUGGUUACUCGAAUUAGAUUAGAGCAUUACAUGUUUUUUUGAUAUUUUCCGAGGCUUAAAAGCAAGAUAAGCUAAAGCAAAAAUUAUGUAAACUAACAUUUGAAGCGCUUUAAUUUAGAGUCUUAUCCGAUUGAAUAUCAUGCACGUGUUUUGUUUUACCUUUUUAUUUCGAGAUGUUCAAGUUUCAUGGU